AUGGAAGACCAGACAAGGAAAGUUCGCAUAGCCAUAUCAGGUGGUGGACUAGCAGGAUUGACACUUCUCAAUGGCCUUCUCAAAUAUCCUCAUCUCUCAGUAGAAAUAUUUGAAUCAGCUACCAACUGUUCUGAACGUGGCGCAGCAGUCUCCUUAGGAAUCAACGCACAAAAUGCUCUGCAUGAACUUGGCCCUGUUCUAGAAGAAGCUGUUUCACUUGCUGGCGCAAUUCCGUACAACUCUUCCAGAGCAAUGAUCGGGUUACGGCCGAAUGCUGGAAGUAUAGUAAUAGAACUAAAGGGUGAUGGAUCCGAAAAAGGUGUUCACAGAGCAGCGUUAUUGAGCGAACUUUUGAAGCCAAUACCACAGAUCAUGACUCACACCAAUAAAAAGCUCAUCCGAGUUCAGGAAUGCAAUGAUGGGGUCAGGCUAUUUUUUGAAGAUGGCACCAAGGAGGUCUUCGAUGGAUUGAUCGGUGCAGAUGGAAUUCAUGGUUACUGCCGGGAGUAUAUUCUUGGUGCGGAACACGCGGCAUUGAAGCCUCAUUUUGCGGGAUUCUGGGACUGUCGAUCAUUGGUUCCAAUCCAAAAGGCCAAAGAGGUCUUGGGCGAGAAGUAUUUCAACGACGGUCUUCAACAUGCGUGGGUUGGACAUGGCAGUUAUUUAAUGCAUGAUGUUCUGGAUAAUGGUGAAACGAUCCAAUGUGUGUCAUCGGUCGAGACAGAUGAGAACUGGAGCCUGGGAGAAUGGAAAAGAGACUUUGAUGCUGAAGGGUUAAAAGAAGCAUUUUCCAAAUGGACAGACUCACCAAUUCUCGAAGGGAUGAUCGAGGUAUUUACAGGAAGUAACUCAGACUUACGCGCUUAUCCACAGUGGGAGCACAGUGUACACGCUCCCACGUACACCAAGCGAUGGGUAUGUGUAAUCGGUGAUGCCGCGCACGCAAUGACUCCAUGGCAAGGAUCUGGUGCCGGGGUCGCUCUUGAAGACGCAAUGAUCCUAGACACGCAUCUCCAACUCAUCAAAGAUCCUCAUCAGAUCAAAAGUGCUUUUCAAGCAUAUGAUCAAGUACGUCGACCAAGAACCCAGAAGCCUGUAGACUCUAGUAAGACAACUGGACGCAUAUUUUGCGGAAGAGGACCGGGUGUUGGUCUAGAGCCCGAAGAACUCCGCAAGUCGCUGUGCUCAAGAUGGGACUUCAUUUAUGCGCUUGAUAUGAAGCAACACAAAAGGGACGCUUUGGAUGCAUUUGCGGAUUUAAACACACAAUCUGUAGUAGAUUAA